GCCUGACGUAUUAAGCCCCAAAGCGGUGUUGCCUCGCUCGUGUGAGGAAUGUGCAUCUGCACAUCGAAUGCGAUUAAUUCCAUCGGUUAGUCCAGCUGUGGCGUGUGCUAGGAAUGUCCUUUGUAUCUUUGUUGUUUACAACGUAUUCCUCUACGCAAAGCAGAAUGCCGCUUCGGAAAUUAAAUAUUAUGGGUGGUCUAUUGAUGAGAACCCGUUUUCGUAAUUACGAUCUAAGAUAAGGCAGAGACUUAAAGUGUAGUAAACAAUAAAAGUCCGCCGUAUUUCCUUAUACAGAACUGAAGUCCGUAGUUUUGCCUUCAGGGCAGAGAAAGAGUUUUCAACCUUCUGCUGACCAACAAAAGGUGCCAAAUGUUCUGGGGAAAAAAAAACGGCAGUUACUCUGAAGCUAAAGCUUUCUUAUACAUUACUGUUAGAAAACUCAGAUGGGUAGCACCAGUUUUUUUAAACAUCUUUUAAAUUAGUGUGACUACAAGGUUUUUACAGGCACAUCUAAACUGGCAGAAAGCUACUGCCUUUUCAUGAACAAAACCAGGUUGGUUUUUGUGUCUCAUUUAUCAUUAGUGAAGAGGAACAGAUUCAACUCGGUGUUACUUUGCUGUAUAAUUUGGAGUUGAAGUUUUUUCAGAUCUCGAAGUAGUGAUACCUACAGAUAGCUGAAUUAGAAACCUAGGAAAACCCAAGAUUUCCCACUAUGAUGACUGAUCUCAUCUAAAAGAUGGGAAGUAAACGAGGCCUGAUGUUCUCCUUGUUUUCAGCCACGGAAGGUUACAUUCACUUUUUGUGAUAAAAGAAAAAUGAGGGGUUUAGUUCAUGAAAACCCUGAAGUGUGCAAUUCUAUUUUGUCAGCUUAGUUUCCUAAAUGGUCCUAAUUAGGCAGGAAAUUUGUCACUUCCCGCUGUGUAGUGCAGAUUCCGUACUCUCUGUUACAUUAUAGUAUAGGUUUGAUUUUUUAUGGUUUUUUUUUUUUAGUGAUCAAUAAAAGUGUUUUUCGUGAAUAGUGGGCUUUGUGGCAUGUUUUAAAUAGAGAGUUCCUAUAUUAUGGAUGCAGAAUAUAGCAACUCAGUGAAUAUUGUAAAAUACUGUGAAAAGAGCAAGAAUUUAAUGUAGAAUCACAUCUGUAAAUACAGAUGGAGAAUUAGAGAAGAGCAAAUUAGAUGAUUUUCAGGAAGCAUGGUGGAUUCUAAGGAAGAAGCAGCUGCUGUGUUGAGCCACUUUUAACUGAGGACUGAAAAUGCCAGCAGUUGAAAGUGAGGCAAAGGCAAAAACCAAAGUCCGCUUUGAGGAGAUCUUCAGACAUCAUGCUGGCCUAACAGACACAAAGAAAUCAAAGAAAAAGAAGUUUCACUCUCAAGAGAAUAUUAUGCUUGACACCUUUAGAAGUAAUAUUGAUCUAGCUAAGGAAAGUGUGAAUGAUGAAGCAAUUAUAAACAACACAUAUAAUCCUGAAGAAGAGAGUCCCCGGUUUACAAAAAAUAAACUGAGAGAGAAAGCCUCAAUUGCAGAGAAAAUAAACAAUGAUAUUGUUAGUGGAGAGGAGAACAAACAACCAAAGUCUAACAAGAAGAAAAAGAAAUCACUGUUACAAGAACAACUUAAUGAGGAGGAAAAUUUAUAUGAAGCUAAAUUGGAGAGUUUUGAGAAAAAGAUUAAUGAUUUUCCAAAGAAGAAAACAAAAAGUAAAUCACAAACAGAUGUCCCUCAUCAAGAAGGUGAUAGAAAGAUUAAAAAUUCCUUGACUGAAGCAAGAAAUGUAACUGAAUUAGAAGAAGAAGAAGAGCUAAUUCGAGCCUAUCAGCUGCAUGUGGCGGAGGAUGAGGCAAAUGCAAUUAAAAAGAAAAUAAGAAUGAAACUUAAAGAACAGAUGUCUGAAUUUACCUCCACUGUUCAAAGCCAUGAAGUUGUAUUGAACAAUGAAGUGGGCAAAAAGAAGAAAAAGAAGAAAGAAAUAGCAGCUUUAAGUGAAGCCGAAACAAGUGCAAUGUCCCUUUCUGAGCUACAGCACCAUCCAGUAGAAGAUGGCAAUGAAAAUCAGUCAUUGGAAGAACAGAAACUGGAGGAAAGCAUGGAAAAACAGAAACCUAAAGCAAAGAAAGUUAAAAAGAAAACCAGAAAAGAAGAAAAUACACAAGUUGCUGUAGAAAAUGACGAGGAAAUGAAGAAUUCAGAAAUCUCAACUCAGUCUAAAUUUGGUUUUGAUGAUGGUCGUGUGUUGGGAGUUUAUAUCCAUCGAUCUGAUCGACUUAAAACUGAUCUCCUGGUAUCUCAUCCCAUGGUUAAAAUCCAUGUUGUUGAUCAGAGAAGUGGCUUAUACGUCAAGAAGGAUCAUAGCAAGAGGAAAGUUUCAUCUUAUUAUGAACAAGAACAAAUAGAGCACGUUCUUCCCAUUAUGACACAGCCAUAUGACUUCAGACAGUCUAAAUCAACAAUUCCAGAGUGGGAGGAGCAAGUCAUAUUUAAUGAGUGUUUUAGUUAUUUUAUUCAAAACACUGAAGAAAGCCCUCGGGUAAUCCUGUUUUUUGAGAUCCUUGAUUUUCUAAGUAUGGAUGAAGUGAGAGCCAACUCUGAUGUACAAAUUCAGGAACGUGGUUUCCGAAAAAUUUGUUGGGCUUUUCUAAAGCUUGUAGGUGCAAAUGGAGUUCUAAACAUUGAUGGAAAACUCCGUCUGCAAUUAUAUUACCCACCUCCGAGGACCAAGUCACAUUCAAAUGUUGUUGAGGUCUAUGACUGGUGGGCAAAAUGCCCUAGAAAUCGUUACCCAUCAACUUUAUAUGUAACUGUUAGAGGCAUAAAACUGCCAGAUCAUGUUGCUCCUUCUUUCCGCUCUAUGAUAGCUGUUCAGCAGGAACAAAGUAGUGCAACACUAUGUGAGCUCCAGAGAGAGGGAUCUAAAAAAUCAUGUGAACCUUUUCCAGAGGAGAAGAAGGAGCCAUUUAAAUGGACAAGAUUGCCUGGACAGGCUUGCCGCAUACCAAACAAGCAUCUGUUUUCACUGCGAGGUGGAGAUAUGGGCUGUUUCUGUAUUCGUUUCUCUCAUGAUGGGAAAACACUGGCAGCAGCAUGUGCAGGAAAGAAUGGCUAUCCCAUUGUUUUGUAUGAAAUUCCUUCUGGGCAGUUCCUGAGAGAAUUUUAUGGUCACCUUAACAUAGUGUAUGAUCUUUGUUGGUCAAAAGACAAUCGAUACCUUCUUACUGCAUCCUCUGAUGGCACUGUCAGAAUGUGGAAAAUAGAAAUGCAGGCAGCAUCUGCAGUGAGAGUUUUCCCUCAUCCUUCAUUUGUUUACACUGCAAAGUACCACCCAAUUGCUGACUCCUUGGUCGUGACAGGAUGUUAUGACUCAGUGAUUAGAAUCUGGAAUGCAAAUGUGAAAGAAAUCCAUGGGCAACUGCUACAGGAGCUUGAUGGUCACAAAAGUUUCAUCAACACACUUUGUUUUGAUGCAGAAGGGCUCCACAUGUUCUCAGGAGAUAGUUCAGGACUGAUAAUAGUUUGGGACACAUCGGUCAAAGGAAGUUCUCAACACCUGUUUCAACACUGGAGAAUUAAUAAGGAAAUAAAAGAAAAUGAUAUUAAAGGAACACCAAUAAAUCAUUUGGAGGUGCAUCCAAAUGGAAGGCGUUUAUUAAUCCAUGCCAAAGACAGUACCCUGAGAAUCAUGGAUCUCAGAAUCGUGGCUACAAAGAAAUACAUAGGUGCCACAAAUUACAGAGAAAAGAUUCACAGCACCUUAACACCAUGUGGUACGUUCCUGUUUUCUGGAAGUGAAGAUGGAAGGGCUUAUGUUUGGAAUCCAGAAACAGGUGAUCAGGUGGCCAUAUAUUCUGAACUCUCCUUCACAUCGCCACUUCGUGAUGUUGCCUUUCAUCCACUUGAACACAUGGUGUCAUUUUGUGCCUUUGGUCAAAACCAGCCAAUACUUGUAUACGUUUAUGAUUAUAAAGUUGCACAACAGGAAGCUGAACUCGUAAAAGAUCUCAGUUCAUCACUUACCACAGCUGCACCAAGAGGGCCACAGUUCUUUAGCAGUUUUUCUGAAAUUCCUAUACAAAGAAGUUCAGUGAUGUGUCCAGCAGAUCAGUUUGUCAGUGUUGCAAGAGCAUCAAUGAGAAUGCAGAAGGUGAAACAAAAACUGGAUUCUGUUAUGGCGAGCUCAAAUCUCUUGCUUCCUGCGCCAUCAUCGCUGUCACCACACUCCAAGCUAAGACUGCAAGGCGCUCUGAGCACUCCCCUGAAUCCUCCGUAUUUGUUCACUCCUAAAAGUGGGUGUUUCAGCCCAGUAGGAAAUCCUCUUAGCCGAACACGAUUGGGUAGACUACAGACGAAUGAUGACUGCCUGACUGCACUGGGGGUGAGAGGAGGAAGCAGUUGUCCACUCGGGCAAGAGACAGUAGUGGCUCUUUAUGACUACACAGCGCAUCGAUCAGAUGAGCUAACCAUCCAUCGCAGUGACAUUAUCCAAGUGUUAUACAAAGAUAAUGAUAACUGGUGGUUUGGCAGCCUAGCAAAUGGACAGCAAGGCUAUUUUCCAGCUAAUUAUGUGGCUGGUGAAAAAGAAUAUGAAGAACAACCUUCAGGAUUAGUGCCAGAUUCUGCUCCUCUCCUACCUGAAGGACUAACAGAAACAGAGGAAGGUUCUCCAACACUAAGACAUAAGAUGUCACCAGUCACAAGUAAGUCAGGGGACCUAAAAUUUAGCUCGGAGCAUGACACAGAUAGAGACUCACCUGCAACACAAGGUGCAAAGAAAAAGAAGAAAAGGAUACAGAGGAACGAGAGGGAAAAUCAGCACAACUUAAUGAGUCUCGAUACUCCCGUAUCAUCAGUUACAGCUAACGGUGUUGAAAAUGAACCUACAGCCCAUGGGGUGAAACUGAAGAAGAAGAAAAAGGCAGCGAGAGGCUCAAAUUUAAGCACAAACGGAAAGACAAAUACUGCCUUUGAGCCUGAACACUAUGACAUACAGUCAUAACUUAAUUCCAAAUACUGGUGUGAUAUUCAGUAUAUGCAUUGAAGGCUGCAACUAUGAUCUCACUUCAAGGAUUAACAAUAAACAAAAAAAAUUAAAAUAUGAAAAUAUGCAAAAUGGCACCAGUUGUGACUUAACCAAUGGUGUAAACCUGGUUUGGAAGACUUUUGCCUUGGGUUCCUUGAAAUCAACAGAAGUUGCAUGUUCAGCUCCUCACUGGACUGGUAAAAUCUGAAACUGUCAAAUACAAUGUUAACCAAUUUAAUAUCUGAUUACACCUUAGCUUAGGCAUUUCUGUAGAUCAGUCCAUUGGGAGCAGAGAAUCAAGUGAAAAAGUGUGAUCUAGAGCAAAACAAGCCUAACUACUACAUAAGUUAUUAAAUUAGCAUUUUAAAAUGUGUUGUAAGUAAAAUAGAGGAGUGUUCAGAAUGGUAAAAUUACAAAGGAGUGCUGGUGUUACAGUGUACCUAAAAACAUAAGCUUUUUAAAAAUAUUUUCCUGACAUCAGAUAUUCACUUGGACUCCAUUUUGCAGCUCUGAAGCAAAUUGUUGAGUAACUACCUAUGCAACUACACUGUGGGACUACUCAUGCUUACCAAUGUAAAUAAGUGUUGCAAAUUCCAGGCAGUUACAUUUUUCAAAUGAGGUUUUCUGCACAUAAUAAAGAUGCAUUGCAGUUUUGUCAGAGCUCCUGGCUGCUUUGGCAGCAGUCUUGCCAAAUAUACUUUCUUUCGUCUGAAUGAAAUAUUUCAUAUCCAACUGUGCUGUUUGUUUUACUUGUUGUCCUUAUUCACUUGUAAGUGUCAUUAAUCUAUUUUUUUACUUGAGUAUUAUGUUGUGAACUUUUACUAAUUACUUCACUAAUUAUCUACAGUGCUAAAUAAUUCAUGUUUUAUAUUAAACAAAACACUUUUUAUCAGUUAGUGUUUUUUCUGGCUGAUGAUGUCCAGUUUAUUUUUACUCUGCAAGGAAAUUCUUCCUCCUCCCCCUCUGAAGCAAUAAAUAACAUAAAAUUAGAAAGCCCUUAUUUAGUAGACAGGGCACUUGAUUCCAUUAAAAAAAGAAGUGAGAAUAACAAUGUUGGGCACUGAUGUGUGAAAUGCACCCAGAUGCAGAGGACUAGUUGCUAUAUAUUGUAAUAUCUUCCCUGCCCAUGUUUUAAAGCCAGAAAAAUCUGUAAACUUGUUUCUUUUGAGUAAAGCACAGCAGCAAAUAC